CUCCACCUACUACAGUAGUAGCCUACAAAGGGCGAGUACACCCAGGCUGCCGCAUCACAGUGAAAAGCAGUCAGACAUAUUACCUUUCUUCCGCUUGGCUAUUGGUUUUAUUGUGCUUUAUAGUAGGAUAAUUUUUCGACAACCCUAAUUUCUCAAUUGGAGUUCAUUGGUAUUAGACAUCGAAGAUGGGCUACAUUGGCUUUAAGGUUCAUGCGUUUGUUUUCCAUCUGUUUUAUUGUCUUUGCCUCAUGCGCAUCACCAAUGGAGACGUGAGCUAUUCUGUUCCAGAGGAGAUGAAACGCGGAUCUGUGAUAGGAAAUAUAGCCAAGGAUCUGGGGCUGGAUGCUAAGAGACUUUCGGCUCGAAAAGCUCGUUUAGAGGAGGAUGGAACUAAACGCCAUUGUGACAUUAACCUGAAUACCGGAGCUCUUGUUGUAGCUGAAAGAAUUGAUCGGGAGCAGCUUUGUGGUCUGGCGUUAUCUUGUGGAUUAACAUAUGAAAUGGUUCUCGAAAAUCCUUUAGAAUUGCAUCGCAUAACGCUUCAAAUUCAGGAUGUUAACGACAAUUCACCCCAGUUUGCAGAUGAUGUUAUCAAUUUGGAAAUUAGGGAGUCGGCUGAUAAAGGUGAACGCUUUCCCAUCAACGAGGCCCAGGAUGCAGAUAUAGGGCAAAAUGCCGUUCAAAGCUAUUCUUUGCAAAGAAAUGGCCAUUUUGUUUUGAAUGUUCAUACUAACCGAGAUGGAGGAAAAUAUAGUGAGUUGGUAUUAGAAAAUGAGUUAGAUCGAGAACAACAGCAGGAGGUGACAUUGUUACUUACGGCGGUUGAUGGUGGAACUCCACAGAGAUCUGGUAGUGUAGUUAUACACGUCACUGUGUUUGAUGCUAACGAUAAUAUUCCAGUAUUUACCCAGGACGUGUACAGGGUCAGUUUGCCUGAAAAUUCUCCAUUAGGUACAGUGAUUGCUACAGUGAGCGCCACGGAUGCAGAUGAAGGAACGUAUGGGGAGGUGACAUAUGAUCUAGGUCGAGUUUCUGAUAACGUGAAGAAAUUAUUCCAGCUUGAUAGUAAAAUUGGGUCUUUAACACUGACUGGCCCUGUUGAUUAUGAGGAAAAGUCCCUUUAUGAAUUGCGCGUCCUUGCCAAAGAUGGUGCUGGGUUAGUGUCUUACACGAAAGUGCUGAUAGAUAUUACUGACAUAAACGAUAACGCACCUUUGAUAUUUAUUAAAUCUCUGACCAAUCAAAUACCAGAGAAUGUGUUACCUGGCACAGAGGUGGGCAUCAUUAAUGUACAGGAUAAAGACUCGGAGGGAAAUAGACAGGUCCGUUGCUCCAUUCAACAAAACGUUCCUUUCAAACUUAACCCCUCAAUCAAAAACUAUUAUUCUCUGGUAACAACCAGUGAACUAGACCGUGAAAUAAUGUCAGAUUAUAACUUAACUAUCAUUGCCACUGACGAGGGGUCUCCACCCUUAUCCUUCUCAAAGUCCAUUCAUUUAUCUGUGUCAGACGUGAAUGACAACCCACCUGUGUUUGAAGAACAAUCCUACAGCGCCUAUGUGACUGAAAAUAACAAGCCUGGCUCAUCGAUGUGUUCUGUUACUGCGAGAGACCCAGACUGGAGACAGAACGGUACAGUGGUGUAUUCUCUAUUGCCCAGUGAGGUCAACGGUGUUCCGGUGUCAUCCUUUUUAUCCAUCAAUGGAGACACGGGUGUGAUCCAUGCUGUGAGAGCAUUUGAUUAUGAGCAGUUUAGGAGCUUCAAAGUCCACGUUGUAGGCAGAGACAAUGGUUCUCCUCCACUCAGCAGUAAUGUGGCUGUGAGUGUCUUCAUAACAGAUGAGAAUGAUAACUCUCCCCAGAUAUUAUACCCUGCUCCAGCAGGGAACUCCUUGAUGACUGAGAUGGUCCCCAAAGCUGCUCUGGCGGGGUCCCUGGUUUCCAAGGUGAUAGCUGUGGAGGCUGACUCUGGACAGAACGCGUGGCUUUCAUAUCACAUCGUGAAAUCGACUGAUCCGGGACUUUUCACUAUUGGUCUCCACAGCGGAGAGAUCAGGGCACAGCGGGACAUUUCUGAAUCUGACAGUAUGAAGCAAAACCUUCUCAUAUCAGUGAAAGAUAAUGGACAGCCCUCUCUCUCUACAACCUGUGAUGUAUAUUUGCUCAUAUCAGAUAACUUGGCUGAAGUUCCAGAACUGAAAGACAUGGCUUAUGAGGAUAGUUCCAAAGUAACUUCCUAUUUGAUCAUUGCACUGGUCUCUGUUUCCACCUUUUUCCUGACUUUCAUUAUUCUCAUCCUGGCAGUGAGGUUCUGCCGUAGGAGAAAGCCUAGAAUGUUGUUUGAUGGAGCAGUCGCCAUUCCCAGUGCGUAUUUCCCUCCCAACUAUGCAGAGGUGGACGGAGCUGGAACGCUGCAUAGUUCUUACAAUUAUGACGCAUACCUGACAACGGGCUCACACACCAGUGACUUCAAGUUUGCCAGAUCUUACAACGACAGCACGCUGCAGGCUGAUCAGACACUGAAGAGGAGUCCAAAUGAACCUUUUGAAGAAAAUAUCAUAACGUUCAAUACUUCGGAGUCUGAGGUGAGAUUUCAUAGCUUCAUGUGAAAAACCUUUUGAAACUAUCGGUUGCUCACUGUAUUGUGUGUUGUUGGAUAAUGUUAUUACAACCGUUUGGACUCUUCUUGUACUUCGAAAAUACUUUUCAGACAUUUUCUUUAGUGGCAUUUUUUAUAAUUGAUCAUCUCUGUAUUCAU